AGAUGAAAUUCCAGAUCGCCGUUGUUGCUUGUCUGAUGGCUCUGUGCCUGCAAAAUGCUAUGGCUCAAAGUUACGCAGGUGGAGCUUGUGACUUUUCUACAAGUGGUGUCGCUGCAUGCACCUCGACAUCUAACGGAUUCUGCGCACUGGACACUUUCACAACCACUGGUUCCCCACUGACUGCUGCAGCUGCCACUGGAAAAUGCAUCUGUUAUGCCGGGUACAGUGGCUCCACAUGCGGAACUUUCACAACUACAUCUACCAGCACAACUGCUACCACCAACAACGCUCUCGGAAUUCUCGCCGUCGGUGCUCUUGCCGCCUACUUCCUGUCUGGAGCCGGAAGCAGCGGCUCCGGAUUGGGCGGAAAUGGAGACCUCACCGGAACUGAUCUGUUAUACCUCCAGCAGGCCCAGCAAGUUCAGGGUUAAACUGUUACUGAUGUAGGUGUUCUCGACUUUCUUCAAUUGUCCAUCUACGACUGAAUUCGUAAACAAUGAAGGAAUAAGAACGAAAUCGCCUUGUUUUCUGUUAUCGCUGUUGAUGUCUUUUCUCAGAUUAAACUUUGGUUUCUAUAUGAAUUUAAAAUCAUUGCAAAAUUGUCGUCGGAUUUCGAAUAUAUAAUGAUGAAGUUUGUACAUGUUUAGAUAAUUGUGUCAAAUCUAUGUAUAAAGAGUGGAAUUGAAGUGUAUCAUGCACAUACUUGUAAAUCUUUUGAAUGUUUCCAAUACACAUUGAAAAAUUUACAUACAUAUC